AUGGCACCCAAGAUUCUCAUCGUCCUCACUUCCGCCGGCAAGUUCGAAAAGAGCGGCAAACCCACCGGCUGUCCUCCACCCCAAGGCCGAGCUCACCGUCGCCUCCCCAACGGCGGCGAGGCGCCCCUCGACCCUUCCUCCAUCGAAGCCACCAAGGACGACCCGGCGUCCGUGAGCUUCCUCAAGGAGCACAAGUCCGUCUACCAAAACACCAAGAAGCUGUCCGACCUCGCCGCCACCGCCGCCGACGACUUCGACGCCGUCUUCUACCCCGGCGGCCACGGCCCCAUGUACGACCUCGUCAACGACAAGGACUCCAUCAAGAUCAUUAGCGAGACCUACGCCAAGGGCAAGCCCGUCGCCGCCGUCUGCCACGGCCCCGUCGUCUUCGUCAACGUCAACGGGCCCGACACCCUGCCCAUCCUCAAGGGCAAGAGGGUCACCGGUUUCAGCGAUGUCGAGGAGGAGCAGAUGAAGCUGGUCGAUGAGAUGCCCUUCUCGCUCGAAAAGGCCCUGAACGAGAAGAGCGGCGGCAAGUUUGAAAAGGCGGCCGAGCCGUGGGGCGAGAAGGUCAUCGUCCACGACAACGUCAUCACUGGCCAGAACCCGGCCUCGGCCAAGGGGUCGCCGAAGAGCUCGCCAAGCUGUUGA